GGGCAAAACCUCUUUCCUAUAUAAACAUAGAAGAUUCACCAGCGGCAAAACCCCUUCCUAUUUACCGGUAAAGCAACAAUGUCUGUGAAUCCUAAUAUAGAUUCAUCAGAUGCAUUAAAACAUGAAUUGUUGGUUACAAAAGAUGCGCCAAAGAUGUCUGUAUCGAUCAGGAGAAAAGAAGACAACCCUUUUGAUUUUGUUCGACUUUUGAUAGAGGGUGCUGUUGCUGGAGCUACUGCUGGAGUUGUAGUGGAAUCUGCUUUAUAUCCACUUGACACAAUCAAAACACGGCUUCAAGCAGUUCGUGGUGGAGGAAAAAUUAUCUUGAAGGGUUUGUACUCUGGUUUGGCCGGAAAUCUCGCAGGCGUCUUACCUGCCUCGGCCAUUUUUGUUGGUGUAUAUGAACCUACGAAGCAAAAAUUACUCAAGAGCUUUCCUGAGAAUUUUAGUUCCUUGGCUUACCUGACUGCAGGUGCUGUUGGGGGGGCUGCUUCUUCUAUAAUACGUGUACCAACAGAGGUUGUUAAGCAAAGGAUGCAGACCGGACAUUUUGCUUCUGCUCCUGAUGCUGUUCGCCUUAUCAUUGCUAAAGAGGGCUUUAGAGGUCUUUUUGCGGGGUAUAGUUCCUUUUUGUUGCGAGACUUGCCUUUUGAUGCUCUCCAGUUUUGCAUAUAUGAGCAGCUCCGAAUAGGGUAUAAACUAGUGGCAAAAAGGAAUCUAAGUGACCCUGAGAAUGCUGUGCUUGGUGCUUUUGCGGGUGCAAUUACAGGAGCGGCUACAACACCUCUAGAUGUAAUAAAGACUAGGUUGAUGACUCAGGGAUCGGCUAACCAGUACAAAAGUAUCUCCCACUGUGUAAGCACUAUUUUAAAGGAGGAAGGACCUUCUGCAUUUCUAAAGGGGAUGGGGCCAAGGGUCCUGUGGAUAGGCAUAGGAGGCUCCAUUUUCUUUGGUGUCCUUGAAAAAACAAAGCAGCUGCUCGAAGAAAGGCGCCUUGUGCAUGACAUCUCUAACUCUAACAAGUUGAAAUAAAAAAUUCAAUACAAAUUGCCAAGUUGUGAGGUACAAGGAUCGAAUAUAGACUAGGUCCAAAAAGCCAGGUUUUUUAGUAGUAGUUAGAAUCAAUGUUCUUAGUACCAAAAUUUAUUUAUGAGUCCAGACCAGUCUAGUUGGUUCUAGAAGCGAUUUAUAUACUAUUUGAAUUAGGGGUUUACUUACAAAAAUAAGUAUGAAAUACUUCAUUAGAUCCGGGGUUUAUAUGAAUAAAAGUUUACUUUUCAAAAAAAAAAAGUACUUAAUUAGAUAAUGUUAGCAAUAAGGAUUUUAAGUCUGCGCUUCGCACAGAUUUUGUAAUAGAUACAUGAAUACGUAUUUUGGUUGCAAAGUUUGUUGGAACUAUGAAUUUAUUUGCAAGUUUUGGUUGUUA